GAAGUACCCGUUUUUUGUAUAGUGUUAAAUGAUAGUGUUAAAAUGCGUCGAAUGAAAAUGAACUUGAAUCCCGAUCUGGGCGAUUUGGAAGAGAUGCUGGCACACGUCCAGACGCAGAUCGAGCACGAGAUCGACUUGGAGAAAGAAUCGAAGAUGCCGUCGAUAACCAGUGUCCAGGAGUCACCGAAAAUGAAACGAUCUUCUUCUAUGAAUAAAACCGAUAGUUUUGAAUACCGUCGACCGCCCAGGCCUCAAUUAGGCCGUAUUCACAGUGAAAAUAACGUCAUCAAUGACAGAAACGAAUAUGGUCAAACGAAUCUCACGCAGAACGGUCUAAGAGGUUCCCAGACCAGCCUCAAAUCAGACGAUACGGUAUCUCUGCAGUCAUUUCGCUCGGAGCCCGUUCAGAGGCAUUCGGUGAUGAGUCUCACUGACAAAAGAGACUGUGCGUCGUUGAACGGUAGGAGCAGGACCGCUACUUUGCCUCGUGGGUAUGGAUCGACGAAAGAGAAAAAUUGGGAAGAAUAUUGGGCGAACGAACAGUCGAUCAGCAGCGCGCGUGCAUCCGUCAUGGUGUACGACGACGCCAUGAAACGAUGGGUACCUUCGGGCUCGAGCUCCGGCCUCUCCAAGGUCCACAUAUACCAUCACACGCAGCAUAAUACCUUCCGAGUGGUGGGGAGGAAACUGAACGAUCAUGAGGUGGUGAUAAACUGCGGUAUCGUCCGCGGUCUCAAGUACAACCAGGCGACCGCCACUUUUCACCAAUGGCGCGACGCCCGACACGUCUACGGUCUGAACUUCUCAUGCAGGGAGGAUGCAGACAGCUUUGCAAGAGCAAUGAUGCAUACUUUGGAGAUCCUUGCGAACAAAGUUGUCAACAAUACGGCACCGCCUCCCCCCCAGCCGCCGAACCCACCAGUGCCGUACAACGGCCACAAUAACACGCACUACGAUGAGGAUAUGGGCUACAGAACGAUGACGCGCGAGGACGCUGCGAUACUGCAGCAACCGCAGUACCACGCGCCUCACCAGCAACAUCAGCAGCACCAACAGCAUCAGCAACAUCAACAACUUCAACAACAUCAACCGCAGCAUCAGCAACACCAGCCCAGUCAGUAUCACGCGCCGCACCAUCAUCAUCAGGCCGCGGCCGCCGCCGCGCCCGCGCCGCCGCCGCACGGCGUGCACACGCUGCCGCACGCGCCGCCGCACGCGCCGCACACGCACCACCGCACCAACAGCGCCCCGAUGCCCCCCAACAUGUCACUGUCGGCGGCGGGCCCCCCCGCGCCCCCUCCAGUGCCGCCCCACCAAAACCUACCCGCGCCGCCUGCUCCACCGGCCCCGGCCAAUGGUCCGGUGGCGCCGCCAACACCGCCGGCCGCUCCGCAACCUCCACCGAUGCAGCAGACGACCCCGGCAGCACAGGCGCCUCCGCCGCCCCCUCCCCCUCAGCCACAACCCCCCGCCGCGAUGAGCGCGCCUGGCCCCCCCGGCCCCCCGCCGCCGCCUCCACCCCCUCAACCUCCCGCAGACCCCACCGGACUGGCCGCACAGUUGCAGCAGGCGAGGCUCAAGAGGCAGGCGAAGCAACAACAACAGCAGCAGCAGCCGCCCCCGGGGGAAGCCUCCCCGCCCAGCGCGGAGCCGGCGGGCGGGCCGGGCGCGCGCGGCAACCUGCACUGCAUGAUGCACGAGAUGCAGCGCACGCUGGCGCGCCGCAGGGCGCACCUGGCGCACCUCGACCGGAACGAGGAGUCGUCUACGGAAAGUUCAACCAGCUCCACACCUAUGAAGUCCUGGGAGAGGUCGGCGACACUCCCGCAUCGGUUACCCGCUGCGUGUAACGGGAACACACCAAAUGCAGAGAACUCAGCGCCAGCGCAGUCGCCACGUGCUGCCCGUAAGCGGUUCGGUUCGGCCAGCGAGGAGACCAUACUGAAGCAAGUAAACGGCGGCAACGACAAUGGAUGUGCGAGCGCAGCGGAGUGGGAGAGCUUCAAGCAGGACGUGCUGCGGGAGAUACGCGCGCAGGUCGGACAGAUGAAGCGGGAGAUCCUGGACGCCAUUAAGGUGGAAUUCGCUCGCAGGUAAGCUAGUCGGCGCAGGCAGCACCGGUGAACGAUUUUAUAUACAUAUAUAUACACUGUACGUCCGUACACCGUAACGUACGUUCAACUUUGUGACACCAAGUUUUUACGUGAACAGUAUAUACUGCAUGUUAUUUCAUAUACACGAUUAUAUUAUCGACAAUAGACACGAAAAUGUGAAAAUAGUUCGUAUAUCGAUUUAAAAAUACUUAAG